AUGAUUUUAAGCCAGCGUCGAUUGAUACAUCUUGUGAGGGCGACCUCCAAGUGGGCAAAGGAGAUGACGUGACAAUCACUUUGCCACAUAUCCCCGGUUCAACUCCACCAAUGACUGUGUUUAAAGGAAAUAAAAGGCCAUAUCAGAAGGACUGUGUGCUUAUUGUCGAUCAUGACACUGGGGAAUAUAUGCUGGAAAAACUUAAUAGCAGCAUUCAAGUCAAGAAAACAAGAGCAGAGGGCAGCAGUAAGAUCCAAGCUCGAAUAGAACAACAGUCUGCCCGAGCCUCUCAGCCUCCUUCACAGUUCAGAGCCCCAACCAAGCCAGCAGUUGGACCUAAAACUUCUCCUUUGAAAGAUAAUCCUUCGCCUGAGCCUCAGCUGGAUGACAUUAAGAGAGAGCUGAGAGCAGAGGUUGAAAUUAUUGAGCAGAUGAGCAGCAGCAGUGGAAGCAGCUCGUCGGAUUCAGAAAGCUCAUCUGGGAGUGAAGAUGAAAGCUCCAGCAGUGAGGGGGAAGAGCCAGCACAUGUUUCCCCUUCCCAGCCACCGCACCAGCAGUAUAACAACAGGAAUGCUGUUGCUAACGGCACCAGCAGGCCACAAGGAAGCAAUCAACUCAUGAACACGCUCCGAAAUGACUUGCAGUUGAGUGAGUCUGGGAGCGACAGUGAUGACUAGAGGCUGAGCUUUGGCUGUUUCUGUUACAUACACAUGAAGAACUAAUUUACCUUGAAGUGAUCCUAUUGUUUACGAAGAGGAGCUGGCACAGAGAUAGUUCCACGUGUGGAAUUUUAAUAGAAGAAAUUCAUAACCCUACAAAAUAGGAGAAAUUGAGGGCUGUUUUACAUUGUGAAUUAAGUGUAUAUUUUGUGUAUAUUUUUAUUCUUUUAAAGCUUUAAAUAGAUAUGUACAGUGAGUAAGCCAAUAUAUGUUCCUGUCCGUCAUCUAUAAGUUUAAUGUGUAACUUCACGAUGUCAUCUAAAAAUUUCUUGUUUGUAGAAGAUACUGAGCCCAUCAUGAAUUUGAGGGGGACUUUUGUACAUAGGAUGAGCAUGAGCCAAUGAAUUUUAAAAAAACAUAGAGGAGCUAGUGUGUGCACUGAAGUAGGACUGUUAUAAAUUGAGUUUCAAUGCUAAGUUGAUUUCUUUGG